AUGGAGACGACGACUGUGCAGAAGCGGAAACCAGUUUUCGUCAAGGUGGACCACCUGAAACCAGGGACCAAAGGUCAUACGUUGACCGUGAAUGUCGUUGAAUCGAAUCCCGUCAUCCCGGCGAUCCGCAGAAGUGGUUCCUUUUCGCAGCCAUUUCGAUCUCCUCGCAUCGCUGAGUGCCUAAUCGGCGACGAUACUGGAUGCAUUCUUUUCACUGCUCGCAACGAUCAAGUUGAUGUGAUGAAGAGUGGAGCAACAGUGAUUCUGAGGAAUGCGAAGAUCGACAUGUUCAAGGGCACGAUGAGAUUGGCUGUAGACAAAUGGGGACUCAUUGAAGUCACCGAUCCUGUUCCGUUCGAGGUCAAUCGAGCAAACAAUCUCUCUCUCGUCGAGUACGAACUGGUCACUGUACUUGAAUGA